AUGACAGAUUCGCACUCUGAUGCAAGCACGAGGACUCUACGCGCAGGAUGUUACUGCAAAGCCAUCCGCUACGCGGUAACACUUCCAACAGCAUCCCUGCCGUUGGGAGUACACCUCUGCCACUGCUCCGUCUGUCGUUACACUCACGGGACGCUGUGCAUAUUCCAUGCUGAGCUGCCCCGGGGCGUCAUACCCGAGUUCAUAGCCCCUUCUUCCCGUGACAACCUCACCGGGUACACACACGCCAGCGCCAAGAGCGAGCGGCUCUUUUGCUCAACCUGCGGCUGCCAUAUCGGCGAUGUUGGCCUAGACGGCGAAGACGAGGGCGAGUGGGUCAUCGCAACCUCGUUGUUUGACGAGAAUGACGAGGACCUCUUCCAGAUCAAGACCCAUUGCUUCACCAGGAGCGCCCCCGGCGGUGGACUCUUUGAGUGGCUACCGAGGAUCGGCGACCGGGAGGUCAAGGUCUGGAACCCCGGCCCGGACUCGGUGAUGUGGCCCGGUUCCAGCGCCGAGGAAGCCCCACCAAAACAGGAGUUUGAUGCCAGCGGCAAUGAGGUGCUUCGUGCCGAGUGCCACUGCGGCGGCGUUUCUUUCACUAUCCCACGGCCGACAGUUUCAGCAGCCACGGAGGACCCGUACGUUGCUGGAUUCAUCUCACCUCUCGAUCCAGCCAAGUGGCUGGCGUGUCUCGAUGUCUGUGAUGACUGUCGGCUUGUAGAUGGGACGCACGUUGUGGGCUGGACAUUUGUGCCCCGCGCCCAGAUCCAGCCAACCAUGCCCCCAGAGCUCGCCCCGUUUGGGACCAUGAAGACGUUCGCUUCAUCGCCAGGCGUCAUGCGCGGCUUCUGCGGGGUCUGUGGUGCCACCGUCAUCUUUUCCUGUGAGGGGCGGAAGCCGAGUGACGACAGCCACGUUGUCGAUAUUUCGGUCGGUAUCCUGCGAGCCCCAGAAGGCGUGAAAGCCGAGAAGUGGUUAACAUGGCGAGCCGGCCGGCUUGCGUGGGGCUCGAGUGGCGAACGGUACGAUUCGCCCUUCACAACGAGCUUGGGGGAUGGCUUCAAGCGCUGGGCAAUGGAGCAUUAUGGGGAAGCCCCGACCUUUGAGAUUGGGUAA